CAAGUUGUUCCGCGACGACGAGCGGGCUUUGGCCCAGGAGCAGGGACAGCACCUCAUCCCCUGGAUGGGGGACCCCAAGAUCCUCAUCGACAGGUCGGUUCCACCCCCCACCCGUCGACCCUCCCCUCCCUCGCCCGCUUGAUUUCGCCUGAUGUUGACUUGAUGGCCAGGACCGAAAAGGGGGUUUUGCGGAGCCCGGGGACCCGGGGGCCUCCCUGCCCCACGUUUCCCGGCGUCCGGGGGGAGGGGACGGUGAAACCGGUCCUAAGGCUCCGGCCGGAGCUGGCGCCGCGCCGUCGCCGGAGGGAUCGACUCUGCUCCCACAGCCCCUCGAGCCCCGGGUUGCCGCUAGCGACUCAGCGCGGUGGAAGCUGCCCGGGCCUCCCGCCCGCGCCGUGGGGCGGGUGCCGCUGUCCCUCCGCUCGCUGUCCCGCGGGAGGGAGCCCGGGAGUGCGCUUUUGUUCCUCCGAAACGCCGCACGCCGAGGCCGUGGGUAGAAGCUUCUUUUGGACCCCGUGAGUUAGCCUGAACCGUCUCUGGCCGGCUUGACUUUGGGCGUCCGGCGAGCCCCUCCCCGCGGUUGUCCGACCAUUUGACCUACCACGGUGGUUGGUGAAGUUGCCGUCUGUUGGAGGCCGGUCGACCCCGUGCGGACCUUGCUCUUAGGGGUAGCGUUCUUAGAGCUGGUUUCACUGUUUUCCUCAAGCUGAAGGGUGGAGCUGGGUUACCUUUGUGUUGUUUCUUUUCAAAUCACACCCACUUGAGGGUGCCCUGAGUUGAGGGUAAAGGGGCGGGGACUGUGGAUUUCUAACGGUGUUUGAUUUGAAAAGGAUGGCAUUACAUGAUGUGGGUGGUUUGCUCCCCACCUCUCUUCUCAUUUUCUUUUCGGUCCCCUUUUCCUUCCCUACCAUCCUGGGUUUGGGUAUUUGUCCUUCCAUUGGGCAGUAUUGCUUCCGGGGCCAGGACUGAAAGGCUAACUGUGACCAACCAUUAAGCUGUGGAGUGGUUUUCUCCAAGUGAAGGAAACCCAUCGUUUGAGACAAGUAAAACUGGAUUCUGCAAGGACUUGGAACAUGCAUGACUGUAGGGAUGACCUCUGAGCUGGCCAGAGCGGACACAUUAAUGACCAGUAGGCCCUUCCAUUCCUUUACCUCUGUGUUUGGAGACAGAUGUAGGAAAAAAGGACUCAUGAAGGGAGUGUUGCAGAUCAGCUGGGCUCUGGAUCUGAUGGUCCACUCUGCUGGAAUGUGCUAUGCCUGUGAACCUCGGUUGCUAGCGAGUGAAGUGGCCUGACCUGUCAGGCUUGCUUCCCAGGCACUCCUUGUGUCAAAGUUGGGCAAAUGCUGAAGCCUCUGCUCCAUAUGCAGUUUCCAUACCAUUCUGUGCAUGAUUUGAGUUAGACCUCCCAAAACUGGUGGGGAGCAAACACCACACAUGUAUAUGUGUAAUAUUUGAAAAUAAUACAUCUGUAAGUUAAGGAGGUUUACAUCAAAGUAAAACAAGUUUUGAAAAUUAAUAAAAUGUAACCAUCGGGGUUCCCAGGAAUUUUUGGCCUUUUCCUGUGGUGCACUUUUUCCGUCCUCAAUUUGGUCUCCAUUACGAAAGUCAGCAUUAAUAAAUGAUGCAAACUUUGGUUUGUCACUCCACAUUCACUUUUGCAACCUAAAUUUGAGUCUUUAAACUCCGCUAACUCAUGUAUUGUCUGGCAAUUGUACAUUGACAGCAUCUCCAUGGACUCUUAUGUUCAAACCUAGCAGAAAGCACUCUUCUUAGUCUUUAUUUGGUAAAGUACCCAUGGGUCUUCAAUGCUGUGGCUUGGUUCUGGGAUUGAAAGGUUAAGGGACAUCCUGACGCUGCGCCUUUUGGUGGUUUGGCCGUGUUUGCAGUGAACCUCCUUAAACUGCAUGUAUAUGUCACUGUUCCUUUGUAUGUGUGUCUCUCUACCACAUAACCCAGCACUUCUUUCCUCAGCCAAGUGGCUAGGGGCGAGCCUAGCCAAGAUUUUACCUCCAAUGGACGCAAGUUUCUUUGGUGAAGAUCUCUCCUGAGAGUUCGGGACUAGCAGGAAGAAGCGAGGAAAUUUCGCCCGUUUGGUUCUGUCGGAUAGGUAUUUAUGGACUCGGUCUGUGUGAAUGUAAGCUGUAAUAUUUAACUGCUGAGAACAGAUACUUUUUUGCAAGUGGCAUUGAAUGGUUGACCAAAGCAUACAUGGUAAGAACUGCUAGCAAGGGGGAUACGUUUUCUGCCCUAAAGCAUUGUCUGCCUUUAGCUCUAAGUUCUGUUGUACUUGUAGAGAGGAGCUUAGACUUUGUUACAAUUACUUCAGCUUAAAAGUAGUUGAGAUAUGACUAGUCAUGUUAAAUAUAAAUCUGAAGCUUUGCAUUUGAUUUAAUAUUUUUAUUUCAUUAUUUUAAUUGGUAAGUAUGUGCAUAGAGUGUCACACCAACCAGCAUGGGUGUAGACUUCCAUCCAUUGACCAGCGUGUUCACAUUACAGAUACGACGGGCGUGGUCACCUGCAUGACCUCUCUGCGUACGAUGCUGAGUACGCCACAUGGAACCGAGACUACCAGCUGUCUGAAGAGGAGGCACGGGUAGAGGCGCUGUGUGAUGAAGAGAGAGGAAGAAUACAAAAGAUUGAGCGAAGCGCUGGCUGAGGAUGGGAACUACAGUGCCGUAGGCUUCACCUACGGCAGUGACUAUUAUGACCCAUCGGAGCCCACGGAAGAGGAGGAACCUUCGAAACAGAGAGAAAAAAGUGAGGCUGAGAACUUGGAAGAAAACGAAGAGCCUUUCAUUGCCCCCUUAGGAUUAAGUGUCCCGUCUGACGUGGAGCUGCCACCAACAGCCAAAAUGCAUGCCAUCAUCGAACGCACAGCCAACUUCGUGUGCAAACAGGGAGCGCAGUUUGAGAUAAUGCUGAAGGCCAAGCAAGCACGAAACUCACAGUUCGACUUCCUGCGAUUUGAUCACUACCUCAACCCCUACUACAAAUUCAUCCAGAAAGCCAUGAAGGAAGGACGGUACACGGUGCUGGCAGAAAACAAGAGUGAGGACAAGAAAAAGUUGGGCACGACCUCUGACAAUGAAGACGAAGAUGAGGAGGAGGAUGGGAGUUACCUGCACCCGUCUCUCUUUGCUUCCAAGAAGAGCAGCCGCCUGGAAGAGCUGAUGAAGCCCUUGAAGGUGGUGGACCCAGAUCACCCCCUAGCAGCCCUUGUCCGUAAAGCACAGGCCGACAGCUCUGCUCCAGCCCCACCCACUGCAGAUGGCACACCUGCACAGCCCUCCCAAGUGGAGUACACGACAGACUCAACUGUGGCAGCCAUGUACUACAGCUACUACAUGCUGCCAGAUGGCACCUACUGCCUGGCACCACCCCCACCUGGGAUCGAUGUGGCCACCUACUACAGCACCCUUCCUGCUGGAGUGACUGUGUCCAGCUCACCUGGUGUGACUACCACUGUACCCCCACCUCCUGGGACCACACCUCCACCCCCCCCAACCACAGCUGAAACAAGCAGCGGGGUUACCUCCACAACCACCACCACAAGUGCGCUUGCUCCCGUGGCCAUCAUCCCCCCGCCCCCUGACAUCCAGCCUGUGAUCGACAAGCUGGCAGAGUACGUCGCCAGGAACGGCCUUAAAUUUGAGACCAGUGUUCGAGCCAAGAACGAUCAGAGGUUUGAGUUUCUCCAGCCCUGGCACCAGUACAACGCCUACUACGAGUUUAAGAAGCAGUUCUUCCUGCAGAAGGAAGGAGGCAGUAGCACACAGGUAGCAUCAACAGCUGAAGAGGCUUCCACAGAAACCGCUGCUGAAGAGUCAUGUGAAGCUGGAGAGGACGGCACUCCUGAGGCUUCAUUUGCGCCAAUAAGCUUUGCCAUCAAGGCCAAAGAAAAUGACCUCCUUCCUCUGGAAAAAAACCGAGUCAAGCUGGACGAUGACAGUGAAGAGGACGAGGAAAGCAGGGAGUGCCAGGAAAGCACGAGCAGCGUGGCCAACCCCAGCCCAGCCACGGCCCCGCCCUGUGUGGCUGUGGAGGAGAAGAAGCCCCAGCUCACCCAGGAGGAGCUAGAAGCAAAGCAAGCAAAACAAAAACUGGAGGACCGUCUUGCCGCGGCUGCCCGGGAAAAGCUGGCCCAGGCAUCCAAGGAAUCCAAGGAGAAGCAGCUUCAGGCUGAACGGAAAAGGAAAGCAGCUCUGUUCUUACAAACCUUAAAAAACCCUCUUCCGGAAACCGAAGUCGGAAAACUUGAGGAGGGUGCUUUCAGUGUAGAGGACACCAGUGUCAUGCCCUGUCCUCUGCUGGUUGGAGGCAGAACUCUGCCCCUGUUAGAGGUGAAGCCCCCGGAAAGGCCUUCAAGCAGAUGCAGAGAGCCACCAAGAGAAGAAGAAAGAGAAAAGAAGAAGAAGAAGCACAAAAAACGGUCUCGAACGAGGUCCCGCUCCCCCAAGUACCACUCGUCUUCCAAGCCCAGGUCUAGAUCCCACUCCAAAGCCAAGCACUCCCUGCCCAGUGCCUACCGGACAGUGCGGCGCUCGAGGUCACGCUCUCGGUCCCCAAGAAGGAGAGUGCACUCUCCUGAGAGACGACGGGAGGACAGGAGUGUCCCCACUGCCUACCGGAUGAGCAGCAGUCCUGGAGCCAGCAGGAAACGGACCCGGUCCAGAAGUCCCCACGAGAAGAAGAAGAAGCGGCGAUCACAUUCUCGCACCAAGGCCAAGGCCCGGUCCCAGUCAACAUCCCCGAGCAAGCAGGCAGCACAGCGUCCCUCAGCCCACUCAGUCCACUCGGCCAGCAUCUCUCCUGUGGAGAGCCGAGGGUCUUCCCAGGAGCGUUCCAGGGGGGUUUCUCAGGAAAAAGAUGGCCAGAUCUCCUCAGCAAUCGUCUCCUCUGUGCAGAGCAAAAUAACUCAGGAUCUCAUGGCCAAAGUAAGAGCAAUGCUCGCAGCUUCGAAAAACCUGCAAACCAGCGCAUCCUGAGAUGGCAGCCACGGAGCCCGCCCCAAGCAGAGCAUCGUGCGUGCCUGUGGCCACAGGUGCUGGGCUUCGGCUCAGAGCAGCCACAGCCCAGGCAGAAGCUGAGCUGCAGGCUCUGUGCUGACUACGCACGCCGCCAGCUCCUCCAGCCCGACUCCCUGAGUCAGUCGGUGGCUUUUGUAAAUUUUUGGUGACAUUUUCAGUUUCAGAUUUUUGACCAGCACUCUCUUACCUGUAUAUUUGUAAAUAUAUCAUGUUUCUGUGAAAAUGUAUUAUCAAAUAAAACGGGAAGAAACACCUUUUCUAGCUAGCA